AUGGGCUGCAACUCAUCAAAGUAGUCGAUAUAUCUAGUCUCUGAUGGCAAAAAGGUAAAGGUUGACAAGUGGGCUUCGCCAGAUAUCAAGUUCGAAAAAUCUCAGACAAUAUCAAGUGUCAUCUCUAGUUAGUUAGAAGAGAAAAGAAUAAGCUAACUGAAAUCAUUGAGAAAAUCACAGUUUUAAAACACAGAGAACUGGCUGCCCCCCAUUGAUGAAGAGGAAAAUAAAGUAGAUUCGAAAGAAGUGGCCUUGAAAGAGAGAAAGACCAAAGUUGUUAUCAAUGAAGAUCAUUUGGCUAAGAAUGCUACUUAAAAGCAAUCUCGAAAGGUAAUGCAAGAUAGUAUCAUAGGCAAUAAAUUGCAACAACAGUCAAAAGAAAGGGCCAGAAUAAAUGAUAAAAAGAAGAGUAUGGAACUAAUCAAGAGCAGUAACAGAAAAAAAUCAAAAGAUAAAGUAGUUUAAGAACAAGUUAAAAGUAAAAAUAGAUCUCCUAAACGAGGCGCUGACGAAUAAGCUACCUUUAUUAUUAAGAAAACAAAAAUAGUCUACAAAGGAGACCUAGAUAACUUUAGUUCCAGGCAACUGCCAUUUAAUCGCAGAGUAAAACAAAAAAGCAGUAAUCUAAGUGUCCUUAAGAAAACCUUUGACUUAUCUAAAGAAUAAGACUACAUCUAAAGCAAUUUCAUGCAAUUUACAACUCUAAAUUCAUCAUUCGUCAUGAACAAUUCAUUCAUGAAAAAGCAAUCAUUCCUUGAAAAAUCUGACUUUGAAGACUCUCAAAACACUUAGAUACAUAAUGCGACAGAGGCUUUACCAAUUAUAUAAGAAUAAUAGGUAUUUUAGAGCGUGACUUAGCAAAAGAGACCUUCAAAUGUAAUUGAUCGGCGUAGAAUAUCCAGUGCAAAAUAAGAAAAGAGAGUAUCGAAUGUAAGUAAAAAGCAAACUUUAGUCUUGGAAUCCUAGAACAGUCAAAAAGAACUAAAUAACUCUUCAAAUCUCAGCAUCAAAAGAACAUCAAGAUCGCUUUCAUUGAAUUAAAGGAUUAACUCAGGAGGAGAUGAAAAAACGUAAACUAACAAUGAUAAACCAUAUGAACUACCCUAAAUUAACAUCUUAGUAAUUGAAAAUCCAAAUCACCAUGAGAACGAAGUUGACGGAGUAAGACAAUCAAGACAUAAUUUAAGCAAUCACCUAAGAGUAUCAUAAAACUCAAUGAAUUCUCAGUACUACUAUCAGAAGAUUAAUAAAUAGCAAGUAUACUUGAAUGAUAUCUCUAGCAGUUUACAUCCUAUGAGGCAGAGUAAUUUCAGUUCAAAUAAGACAGAGUAAAUCAGAAUUCCUAUUCCUUAAGGUUCUGUCUAUAAGUAGAGACCUAAGAGAGGAGUAGACAGGGCAUUUUCAGAAAGAAACUCUCCGAGAGAUGAAUUAGUAAGGAUUUCAAAAUCAAUUAAUAUGACACUGAACGAAUUAAACAGAUCUAUGGCUAAUUCUAUAAAUCUAGGUCAAUUGCAGCACAAGAUUGAAAAGGAAAUUAGAAGGUAAAAGGAAAAGGGCAAUAGAUUUAACAUCAGAGUAGCACCUUCAGUAGAUUUGACACCAACUCCAACAUACAAUAUUAUACAAAACUAACCGGAAAAUUUCUAGCUAACAGAGCAAUAAACAUCAAGUCACAAGAAAACUUUCUCAUUUGGGACUAACUUUUUUGAUCAAGAUAAUAAUAACAACGCUAAUAUGGCUUAUUUAAUGUAACCUGGAGGGAAUUAGCACUAUUCCAUGCAGCAUUUUUAAAUUCCUUAAAUAAAUUAAUCGUAGCUGCUUGAGGAAGAUGACAGUCCAAAGUCUAAAUACUCAGAUGGAAGGAAAGUUGAGGAGACUGAGGCAUCUUAUUUAAAGCCAUCUCAGUAUUUGGAGAAACUGACUCAAUCUCAAAUCAUUAAGUAAUCCUAGGAAAGAACUCAUUUUCUAAGGCAAUCCUACUCAAAUUUAAAUUCAGACUAAGCAAGACCGCUUUCGUCAAAUAACCUGUUGCCAGUUUCGCAAUUUAAUUACGAAAUUUUGAGAAAAUCAAUGAAUAAAAAAGACUCAGAACAAUUUUCCCCUAACUUUAAAUUAAGUCUGUCAGAAAUGAUAAAUAUGAGUCCAAAUGAAAAUCCCUAUCCCCAGCCAAAGAAUAAUGACCAUCUCAGGAAGACCACUUAAAUGUCUAUUCUAAGACAUCCGCAUCAUAGUGAUGUAAAAGUAAAUGUAUUCCAUAAUACUCCUGGUGAAAAACCUGAGAGAAGCUUUAUUUUUGACAGUAUGAUGCUUUUAAGCAAUGAAAAACCGAAUAACUACACCUAAUAUAGUGGCUACAGUGGUUCAAGAAAAGGAUCAGAUCUUAAGUCAAACUAAUCGAAUAGGGAGUCCAAGCAAGCAGACUAUAACUCAAACGUUGAUGAUGAGAAUAUGAUGGGUUUAGAUGAUAAUUAGCUGAAUUUAAUGACGGAGUCUGAAGGUAACUCUUCAUCAUAGGAUGAAAUUUAUGAGACAUAAGAGCCUAAUCUGCUAUUGGAAUCUAUAAUCAAAGCUAAAGCCUAGAAAAAGAAUACUACAUAUGCGAAUGGAUAAUAGAACUUUCAAGGAUCUUCAGCAAGUGUGGUCUAUAAUGUUAAAGGAUCAUCUUCGGAUGUUUUAUAAAAUCCGUCUUCAGUUCUUUCAGGGUUAGUAUCCCGUCGAACUACUUCCUAGAAUAGAUAGGUGCAGUUUAAAAAUUCUGAUAGAACUGUGUCUAAAAACAGUUCAGCGAAUUUAGUAAAAUUCCUAAAUCGAAUCAUGUAGCUAGAAAACGAGGAUGAUGAGGAUGAAGACGAAGAUUUUGCAAAUGGAUCUUCAAGUGCUAUUCCAAAUCAGCAGUAUGUGCCAUAAAACCUGAGCUCAAACCCCUAGAAUUUGGAUAGCGCAAUAUAUCCAAUUGACAGUAGUUAGCUUAGAAACUAGUAUUCAAGAAGAAAAUCUAAAAAGACAAGUAAGAUUAAAGCUACCAGAUAUAGACAUAGUGUUAAUUUCGUAGAAUAUAAGUUUCCUGAAGAGACUUGA